CCCCCUGGUGACUGUCACUUCCGUAUGAUCGUAUUAAGCAACACGCCGCUGUGCGACAUACUCACGUACACACACAAUAAAGUCCAAACUGCUCUUAAAACACGGAUUUACCACACCGAGAUGCAUAUCAAAACAGGUACUUGGGAGUCAAACAAUGCAGUGUGCGAGUCCGACCCCUUGUGUGAUCCGGCUGUCCUAGUGUCACCCCCUAAAUCAGAACCACAGAUCCGAAACCGUCGCCUCUCUCCUGGCUCUGGCAGCUGCGGAGGGGGAGGAGGGGGCUGUUCCUCUGGGAUGGAUAAACGUCAAGCCUCACCAAGUAGCCUGGAAGGUUCACUUAAUGGUGUGGGCCACACCCAGACCUUCAUAGCGAGCCGCGAUAGAGAGCGUCGCACCCAGAAUAAAGCAAGAAGCUUUCGACGAGACGGCCCGAGAGUGGGGCCACGUUCAGAUGAGAGACACUCCAGAACCGGUCUGAAAGAACGAUGGGUGGACAACAGCUUGUCUUUGCUUAAACCUCCACCUGCUUUCCCUGUGAAAGACAGCCCUGCCAAACUGCAGCCGGCCGUCAGCUACGCCUCCAAGGUGAAGGCAGGAGGAGGUUCUGUUGGGGCGGCAGAAGAGCCACCUGGAAUUGGGGUUUUGCUGCAGAACCAGUGGGGACUGAGUUUCAUCAGCGAUGGCCCAGAAGCAGAUGUUCCCCAGGAGAAGAGUCCGGUUGUCCAUCCAGUAGCUGGAGAGGUAACUGUUAAACCCUCAGAGUCUCUGCCCAGUCAGGUCCAGAGAGGCUCUGAGAGUUCAGAGGAGCUGCUGCUUAGCUGUCGCCACUUGGAAGAAGCCUUGGAGUAUCACACACAAGAAUGGAACGCAAUAUUAUGGCAACAAAAACAAGACCCUAGAAAAGUUGUUUGGUACAAGAAUGCCCUGGAGUCGCCCGCCUAGCACACACUAACACAGCUUCACAAACACACACAUACGCGACACACCCCGCACUCAGGUUAUCGUCCCUUCAACAUUUCUACCGAGACACUUUGGACUUGUUCCCCUUUGAAGGUCAAUGUCUUGGACUUCUCGGUUGCCUUACAACAGAGUCUGCCUCAGGCGUAGAGUCCCUCUGCAUACCUCUGUCAUUUUAAUGGUGGAGGAUUGUCUCUUUUAAGGAAAAAAAAGCGUUAUCAAGCUGCAAUUUUAUUUCAGUGAACUGCAGUUUUACAGUUAAGAAAUCCCUUUUAUUCCUCCCUUGUUCCUACGUGUGUGCGAGUGGUUAAGUCAAGCACUUUCUGACCUGUAGUUGAACACGUCAUCCCUUUCUCUAAUGACUGAGCUUGUUUUUAGAACCAAAUCCAGAAUGUCUUUUUCAUCAGUCUUCCCUCCCACAAUAAUCCCUUUCUUCCCACAAAAAUUGUUCUCAUGAAGUUUACAGAGGUGCAGCUGGCACGUUAUGGCAGCACCUUCAAAUGUCUAUUGGUCUUAAUGCUGUUUUUUAAUAUAUAUAUUUCACCCAGAUUGAAUGUCGGUCAUGAAUCCUAAUAGGAAUCCGUUGCUGUGUAUGACCUCAAUUUUUUUUUUUUUUUUUUUU